AUGGCGGACUCCGAGUCAGAAGAUCACAUUAUCGGCAGUCUGGGAAGUGAUGAUGAACUUCCGUGGGAGGAUUGGCGACAAUGGCCAGAUGAAAUUGAACAGGAUACAGCUCAGAUACUUCCCAACCUGGGCGGUUGUAUCGAAUAUCAAAAUGUGAUUUUCCAGAUGCUUUUCCACUACCCAGUCUUCCUGCAAUGGUUGAAUUACUAUUAUCUAGAGCAUUCGGGCAGGGAUCGGCGAUGUACAGAAGGAUUUGACGGCAUGGACUGUAAAUUAUGCCAAUUUCUCCAUUUGGCUCGCAACUAUUGGGCAGAAGAUAGAGAAGAAUGCUUGAGUCGCCAUCAGGCCUUCGUCAAUACUAUUCUCGCUGACUGGGAUGGAGGAAGCCGUGCAGGAAGGGAACAGAAUAUUCUGGCAUUCUACAUUGAACUUCAGAGUCAGUUCCGACAUCAGAUCCCGAACGAUGAUCGACGUUCAGUCUAUCGUCGAGCCCACCGGUUGUGA